AUGACCGAUAGAAUCCAGCAAGAAAAACAAAAUGCUGAGAAAAUCUGUGAAGAACGUUUGAAGGAAAAUGCUGAAAAAAUUCAUCAAGCGGAGGACAAGUGCGCCCAGUAUGAAUUAACUAUUGAUCGAUUAGCAAGAGAGAAAACAUCGCUAGCUGCUGAUCUAGACGAAUGGAAAAAUCGAAUUCAACGGCAAGAAAUCGAUCUCAGUCAGACGUCGGAUACAGUAAAACUUCAAAUUCAAAAAGCGAUGCGUGAACGCGACCAAGCCAAUGCGAACACAAUGCAGAUUCGUACGGAUUUCGAGAAAUUACUAUUGCAAAGCAAUCAGGAUACGCUUCAACUUCGUCAUCAACUUGGCUCGAAUCAAAAUCGUCUCAAUGAUAUUGAAAGCGAGUUACUCAAUUCGAAAAAACACUGUCUGGAAUUAACCGAAGAGAUCAAUCGUCUUACUCGUGAAAAUUUAAUGUUAAAAAGCGUCAAACAAACUCUCGAACGUUCGCGUGAAGAAAAUAUCGAUGCUAUAACUGUCAUCUUGAAUAAACGCGAACAAGAUUACCAUGCAAAUAUAGAAAAACUUGAAUUGGAACGUCAUCAAUCUUUAUCAUAUCUCGAAGAUCUCGUUUGCAGCCAAAAUACAAUAUUAAAUAAACUACGAUUACAUUCGCGGCAAUUAACAAAUGAAAUCGAAAAUCUGUUGGAGCAGAAGAACGAGGUCGUUCAAGAAAUGACCGUAGAAAAUCAGGAAUUACGCUUGAAAUUAUCAAAUGCAUACGAACGUUUAGAACAAACCGAUACACAAUUAUUGCAACAUAACGAAUCCCAUGUGAAAUUGAGACAACGUCUUAUUGAAUUGAAUAACAAAGUUAAAGAAUACGAAAGCAUCAUCAACAAGAUUAAAACACAAGAUUUAGUCGAUUAUCAACAACGACUUGCUCUGAUGACACAUCGUAAUUAA